GCUUGAGGAAAGCGACGCCCACAAAAUGGCGGCCGCGCCCUGCCCGUCCUCUUUUCCUCUGACGGCCCCCAGCAGGGCUCGGCUGGGUGCGGCGAGGUCUCGGCCCCUGGCCCGGGGCCGUCCCGGCCCUUUCCCGUGUGUGGACGGGCCCUGGCCGUGUGUGUGCGCAGCCCGGCGCGGUGCCCGCCUCCCAGCCGGGGAGGGGAGAGCAAAGCACCGGGCUCUCUGCCCCCGAGCUCGUUGGGGAGGAGCGGGAUGGAGCUGGGGAGGCUGGAGUACCUGCAGGCCCUCGUCACCGAGUUCCAGGUGACGGACAGCUCAGAGGCCAAGGAGCAGGUGCUGGCCAACCUCGCCAACUUUGCCUACGACCCCAAGAACUACGAGUAUCUCCGGCAGCUUCAGGUCCUGGAUCUGUUCCUCGAUAUGCUGACUGAAGACAACGAGACCCUCGUGGAGUUUGCUAUUGGUGGUCUUUGUAACCUGUGUCUGGAUAAAACUAACAAAGACUAUAUCCUGGAGGCCAAUGGGGUAGAGCCUAUAAUAAAUUGCCUCUCCAGUUCCAAUGAGGAGACAGUCAUGUCAGCGGUCACCACGCUGAUGUACCUGACAACGCCGCAGUCCCGGCACCAGACCACAGCUCUCCCAGUGGUGGAGUGCAUGCUUCGCUUCUCUCUCUCAGCCAGCAGAAGGCUAAGGAAUCUGGCAACUGUCUUCCUGGAGGAUUACUGCACACCUCUGCAGGUGGAAGAGGCUCAGAACCUGAGCAAACACACAGCAGUAGGGAUUCCUCUCCCUAAGGACUGAAGAUAUCGGAGCAUUUGGGAGCUUUUAAUGGAGAGACCUCCCUCCGUUUUCCCAGGUCUCCACUUUCUGCUCAGCAGGUCAAGAGCAUGGUGAGAACAAUGGAGUGGGAAAUUGGUCAGACAAGUGCUGGAUUUUAGUUAUUAAUGAAGAGGACGAUUCAGCACUACAACAGGCCAAGCAUAAUCUGCAAGCAAAUAAAUAAAACAGCUUGUGGCUGUUGGACAGCAGGUUGCCAAGUGCAGCCUGCACAAAUAAUCCUUCCUAGCACUUACAUUUUUCUGUUUGGGUUAUUGGGCUGACAUCCCCUCCAGUUCCUGGCUGGUUUUGCUGCAGCUCCCCCUUCAUUGUCAACUCAAAUGACUUUGAAAUGUCACAUAAACUUAAUUCCUCCUGCAGAAGAAAGAUGUUUCCCUGCCCAAGCAAUUUGCAAUUUUAUUACAUUGUUUUGGUACUGAAUGUGCCAUCCUGUCAUCAUGCCAUAGGUGAGUAACUUACUACACAGAACAGGUUGCAGCUAUCCUGUAAAUCGGGAAGGGGAAAGUUAUAUUUCUUUCAUUACCACGGGUGAGAAAGGUGAAGAUUGAAAAAAGGCUCAUGGCACCUUGGCUCACAAGAACAGCUAUCUUGUAAAACCUUCUUUUAAUAAAACAUUAACUUAAAUGCAGUGUAAACAGUUUUGUAUAAACUCAUAAAUAUUUCUCUACAGCA